UAACAGUAAACCUACAAUCGGUAAGUACCGAUAAAAUUCCCCUGUUUUUGUGGCUCAAUUGUAAACAAACUAUCUAAGGAAUAUAAUCAAAGUCCAAACGGCCAUGGAGUCGUCAAUAUGUCGUGUUUGCCUGGAGAACAACGCGAACAUGGUCAAUAUCUUUGGGGCGACCCAGAGAUCGGGGAUCUCCAUUGCGCAGAUUAUAUCCCAGUGGAGUGGCCAUCCAGUUGAGCAGGAGGAUCCCUUUCCCAACACCAUAUGUACCUUCUGCCUGGCGGAUGCGGAGAAUGCCUACGAGAUGGAGGAGGAGGUAUUGCACUGCGAGGACGAGAAGAUCACCCAUCACAAUGUUGUCCCAGCUAGGGAAGAAGGAGUUGAAAACAAUGCAGACUAUAAGAAUCCUAUCGAAGAUCAGAUCCCCAGCCAAGUCAAAAAAGAUCCCCUUGAGGAUGACGCAUUCUGGGAAGAAUAUUGCCAAAUUUCAGACUCGGAAUUCGAUUUACCCCAAGUGCUGGAGGAUAAUGCUCAAAGACAAAACUAUUGGGAUAAACAGGAUUGCGUGCCGAGCGAGAGUCCUUUUAAAUGUACCUAUUGUCCGAUGUAUUUUGCAAGUAAAUCGGAAUUUCAGACACAUUUGCAAGCACACAUAAACGAUCGACCGCACAUGUGUGACCUCUGCUCGAAGACUUUCGCAACGAAGCAAGUCCUCAAGGUCCAUAAGCGAAUCCACACUGGAGAACGACCGUUUAAUUGUCACCAUUGCACAAUGAGCUUUACAACCAAUUCAAAUCUUAAGCGACACCUGCGAGCGUACACAAAAAAACAACAACUUAACUGCCCUUAUUGUUCACUUAUUUUUAAAAAGAAUGGAUUUCUUCAGCGCCAUUUGAAGUCACACCAUCAAAAAGGACAGUUUGUUCAAAUAAAAUAAUAAAAUAAAACAAAUAAAUAUAAUUAUAAACAGAAUUAUGUUAAU